ACAAUGAUUGGACGCAUCGCACGUACGAAUGUUUUAAUUGGAAAUGCAACAUGUCUCGAUUUGCUUGAUUAGAUUAGGGAAGGUCUUCGUAUAUUUCUUUCACUUUUGGGUUAUCCUUAGUGUAUUUUUAACAAUUUGCAACAAUUCUUAGAUAUAUAAUUCACGUUAUAAAGUAUUAAUAAUGAAUUUAUCAUAAAUAUGUUGAAAAAGAAUUUGAUAAAAAAGUGUACAUAACCCUUUGACAAUGAGAUAUUCCAUUUCUGAAACCAAAUAUAUAUAUCUUUUUUAUCGAGAAAAAGAUUACAGAAUAUAUGAUUAUAUAGAAAUACGUUUAAAUAAAUAUUAACACUGAGUGAUUUAAUGUUUUAAGCAAUAUGGGAUUAUUAUUUUCAAAAUUGUGGAGUCUCUUUGGCAAUGAAGAACAUAAAAUAGUUAUGGUAGGAUUAGAUAAUGCUGGUAAAACAACUAUAUUAUACCAGUUCCUAAUGAAUGAAGUUGUUCAUACAUCACCAACUAUUGGAUCCAAUGUUGAAGAAGUUGUUUGGAAAAAUAUUCAUUUCAUAAUGUGGGAUUUGGGUGGACAGCAAAGUUUAAGAGCUGCAUGGUCUACCUAUUAUACUAAUACAGAGUUUAUUAUUAUGGUUAUAGAUAGUACAGAUAGAGAAAGACUUUGUGUAAUAAGAGAAGAAUUAUACUCAAUGCUAAAUCAUGAAGAAUUAAGUAAAGCUAAUGUUUUAGUUUAUGCUAAUAAACAAGAUUUAAAAGGUAGCAUGACAGCUGCUGAAAUCUCUAGACAAUUAGAUUUAACUUCCAUUAAGAAACAUCAAUGGCACAUACAAAGCUGUUGUGCACUUACAGGAGAAGGGCUUUAUCAAGGUCUUGAAUGGAUUGUUGGUCGUUUAAAAAAGACAUGACGUACAUUAUGAGGAAUGAUUUUGAAUAUAACAAAAUAUUUAAACUGUAAAGUAUAUCUUUAUUGUGAGUUACUGUGUCACUCUAACAAUUGUACAAAUGAUAUAAGAAUGAAUGAUCAUUUUUCAAAUGGUACACUAGCUUCAUGCAUAACUGCAUAUACUGAUUAAUUAUUGCAAACAUUUAAUACAUUAAAUGGUGGACGGGUAAACUUUGUCUUAUCUAUUAAUGUGAUACAAAAUGUAAAGAUUAAUGAUUAUAACAUAAAAAUAAAAUAACAUUUUAAUUAUUCUUUAUAUAAAAUAUAUUUAAGACAUCAUAUUAUAAGAAAACAGAAAAAUUUAGAAUAUUGAAAGUCUUUUAUAAAAAGUAUUGUUGAAAUAUCUAUAGC